GGCGGCCCCGACGGCGAGGACGGAGCGGAGACACCGGGGGCAGAGCGGGGAGCCGGUGUCCUGGCGGUGGCAGGAGCGGGGAGCGUAGCCCCGGGGGCAGGGGGAGGCGGCGCGGUGGGGCAGCACGGCGGGUCGCCGGACCCUGAGGGCGGCGAGUGGGACGCGGUAGGUCGGAGCCUGAACGGCGUGCAGGGCCGGGCAGAGGACGAGAAGGACGAGACGGGCUCGCCGGCCGCCCUGAAGGAGGAAGAGGAGGACGAGGAGAAGCAGGAACACGACAUCUCCCUUUUUGUCAAGGCUGGCAGUGAUGGGGAAAGUAUUGGAAAUUGCCCAUUCUCUCAGCGUCUUUUUAUGAUUCUGUGGCUAAAAGGUGUCAUAUUUAACGUCACAACUGUGGAUUUGAAAAGAAAGCCUGCUGACCUGCAGAACCUGGCUCCAGGAACAAACCCCCCCUUCAUGACGUUUGAUGGUGAAGUGAAAACUGAUGUCAACAAGAUCGAGGAAUUCUUGGAAGAAAAGCUGACACCACCCCGGUAUCCCAAACUUGCACCAAACCACCCCGAGUCUAACUCUGCAGGAAAUGAUGUGUUUGCAAAAUUCUCUGCUUUCAUAAAGAACCCAAGAAAAGAUGCUAAUGAAAAUCUGGAAAAAUCUUUGCUUAAAGCCCUGCGGAAGCUGGACAACUAUUUGAAUAGCCCCUUGCCUGAUGAAAUUGAUGCUUACAGCACUGAGGAGAUCACUGUUUCCAGCCGGAAAUUCCUGGAUGGAGAUGAGCUCACCUUAGCAGAUUGCAACCUCCUACCAAAGCUCCAUAUAAUCAAGGUUGUUGCAAAAAAAUAUAGAAAUUUUGAUUUUCCACCUGAGAUGACAGGGAUUUCAAGAUACUUGAACAAUGCAUAUGCAAGAGAUGAAUUUACAAACACUUGUCCUGCUGAUCAAGAAAUUGAGUAUGCGUAUUUGGAUGUUGCAAAGAGGAUGAAGUAAACAGAAGAUGCCUCUGUUCUUUAUUGCUUCUGAGAUUUAGAUGGGCACUGGCCAAGACAGAAUAAAAGAAGCCAGGAUACACUCUGCAGUGUAAUUUAAAGUUCUGCUAUUGGCCAUUCCUUCUUUGAUAAUCAUUGUAUAGCUUUAUUUGCUCAUUCUUAAAUUAUGUAUGUAUGUUUGUGUGUCUGUACAGAUGUCUGCACACAUGAAUGUCAGUUGUGCAUUGCAAGUUCAAGGCAUCAGUCAAUAUUAAAGCAUUUG